AUGCCACCGUUGGGCCUUCUCCUUUUGCAAAGUCCAACCAUUCGUGCUUCUUCUCUCUUUGUGUGCAAACCGGCGCCUUUGAAUACCUACGCCGAAAACAGAAUUCGAAAGAGGUUUUCUUCAAAAAUUGCGCGGAUAUCGCCGUGUACGUCGGCAAUGUUUCGCUCAACGUUCAUCGUCGCUCUUCUGAUCGUAUCCGUUACCUGUGCCGAGGAACACGUUACAAAAGAGCCAGUCGAGGAUCAAGAAGCAGUCGAAUCCAAAAGGUCGACCCAUUCUCAAAAACUGGAACAAGGCAGAACAAGAGGCGAAUACAGGAUUUUUUUGCCUGAUAAUCGAUGGCAAAUCGUGUCUUACGUUGCUGACGAUGACGGGUACAGAGCCACAGUGCGUUACGAAAAUGGACCCCAUGACAUCCUACGGGCCGAACAAACUCAUUGGGGAUUUUCAACUGGAACCACUGCUUCAUUUGCCAAUGAUGAAACUCCUCGCAUCGAUCCUUUAGUUUACAACCCUGUCAAUCCACCCAGGAUUCCGCAUCGCUUUAAUCCGCACAGCUCUGAAGAUCAUCAUUAUGGGAAACCACGAUAUCAGCCGCAACUGAGACCGCCUAAUCGUCCACCUUAUCCAGGUGUGUUGACGAGCCAGGUGAAUACGUUUAUCGUCCACCCUACCCCAGCAGAAAGACCUGAUGACGGGCGUAAACAGGAUGAACAUCAACCUCAUUUUGAGGGUGUUCAACAAACUCCUCCUCAACUUUCGAAAGAUGCGGCUUCUUCAUCUCCCUCGUCUCCACCUCCCGUUUACAUACCUCGACCGUAUGCGACGAAUCAACCAAAGCCCACUACACCACCUCCGGUUUAUACCGCUCCUCGUCCCGAGAAGUUCCCAGAAACUCCAGUUUACAUUCCAAAGGCAAAACCACCGAAGAUCGACAUCAAGGACAGUAUAAUCUAUGAUCCAAACGAGUACCAUCCAUUCUUUCAACCUAUAGAGAAACCGAAAAUUCUCACUGUCCAACCGAUUCGUCCAUUCCAUCUACCUGACCAGUUCUACGAAAAUCGUUUCAAUCAACAGCAAUCGGUUGUUACUAACUUGGAACGGCCCGUCCCUCCGACGCAUGUUCGUCCUCAGCAGAAUCAACAAGAACCCAGCCAACAUCGUCCGCCAGUACCCCAGAAGGAGGACGAAGAGCGACCUCAGCAGCAAACGAAACGUCCUUACCUGGAUAAACCAGUUAGCAAUGAAUGGACACCGCUGUAUCAACCUUACGAACAGAAGCCGAAUACGGAAGAGUUUGUUCCAUCUUAUCCAGCAAAACCAACCGAGCCGUACGUACCGAAAGAGCGACUUCCUUUCAAGGCAUCACCUCCUUACCCAAUCGAACCGAAUGUCGAACAACAGAGACCUUAUGAACGUCCUGCUGUCAAUCCUGAUUCACCUGCUCAAAGCUCCAGACCUCAGCAAAGAACUCCGUCUGAACUUGCGCCUUCGUAUCCCGAUAAACCAAUUGAACCGAAACCGUUAUAUCCUGUCGAGUUAUACAAACCGCAAGAAAAGCCCACGGUUAAGCCUUUGCCUUCGUAUUCGGAGAAACCAGCCGAAACGUAUGAAGCUGAAAAUAAACCUGAAUAUGGAACCCUGCCACCUUAUCCAGUUGAGCCCACUCAACCGUACCAGCCUGAAGAGAAACCUGUUUACGAACCUGAGCCGUCCUAUCCAGACAAACCGAGGGCACCGUAUGGCCCAAAAAAGAAACCCGAAUAUGAACCUACUGUUCCUUACGACGAAAAACCGUAUGAGUCUGUGACUGCCCAUCCGGACAAACCCUAUGAACCUGUGGCUGCCUAUCCGGAAAAACAGGAUACACCGUAUGAACCUAAAACGGAAUAUGAACGUCCCGACAAACAGGAAUAUGAGCGGCCUGGAAAGCCGGAAUAUAAACCUGCAUCUUCUUACGGCGAAAAACCAUACGAACCUGUCACAGACUAUCCGGACAAAGAGGAUACACCGUAUGAGCCCCAAGCGGAAUAUGAACGUCCCUUCAAACCGGAAUACGAGCGGCCUGAGAAACCGGAAUAUGAGCGGCCUGGAAAGCCGAAAUACGAGCGGCCUCAAAAACCGGAAUACGAGCGGCCUGAAAAUGCGGAAUAUGAGCGGCCUGAAAAGCCGAAAUACGAGCGGCCUGAAAAGCCGAAAUACGAGCGGCCUGAAAAACCGGAAUACGAGCGGCCUGAAAAUGCGGAAUAUGAGCAGCCUGAAAAGCCAAAAUACGAGCGGCCUCAAAAACCGGAAUACGAGCGGCCUGAAAAUGCGGAAUAUGAGCGGCCUCAAAAACCGGAAUACGAGCGGCCUCAAAAUGCGGAAUAUGAGCGGCCUGAAAAGCCGAAAUACGAGCGGCCUGAAAAACCGGAAUAUGAGCGGCCUGAAAAACCGAAAUACGAGCGGCCUGAAAAUGCGGAAUAUGAGCGGCCUGAAGAGCCGACAUACGAGCGUCCUGAAGAGCCGGAAUAUGAGCGUCCCCGAAAACCGGAAUAUAAACCUGUCCGUCCUUAUGGCGAAAAACCAUAUGAGCCUGUCACAGCCUAUCCAGAGAAACCGUCUGAACCUGUAGCUGCCUAUCCGGACAAACAAGAUACACCGUAUAAAUUCCAACCGGAAUACGAACGCCCAGAAAAACCAGAGUACGAACCAGCUCCCCCUUACGUCGAUCAAUCAUACGAACCUGUCACUACUUAUCCGGACAACCCGUAUGAACCCCAAGCUGAGACUGCUCCGCCUUACGUCGCCAACGAUUACAAAGCUGUAUCUUCCUAUCCGGAUAGACCAGUCGAAACAUAUGAACCGGAAAAUAAACCUGAACAUGUGACUGAGCCUUUAUAUCCCGACUAUCCGGCACAACAAUCCCCACCCGAAGAGUACCUACCGCAAUAUCAAACAGAUCGUCCAUUCAUUAAUCAGCAAACAGAUGAAAUCCGGCAUCCGUAUCGACCGUACCCACCGCGACCAUUGCCAUCCAUCCGUCCGACAUACAACCGACCACCAGUCAACUACCGACGACCUAGUAGACCGUACGGUGUACCACAUACUGGCUAUCCACCUGGAACGCCAAUCUCUGGAGUCACGUCGAUCCGACCCAUUCUCAAUCCAAAGAAUCAAUCUUUGCUCACCGUCGAUUUAGACUAUUCACUAGAAGGUGAAGCUCCGACGGAACCUCCAGAGUUCGAACCAGAAGAAUUCGUAAUUCCAUCCACUUCAACGAAAAAACCUGAACCUCCUAGAAAGGUGUAUCAACCGAUAUUUAGAAAGCCGUUCCGAGAUAGCCCCGUACGCCCUAAAAUAACACGUCCAUCCAACAAUCGAGUUCCAGUGGAAGUCACAGAGAAACCAUCAAACAAUGAAGAUUCGCCAUUAUUAGCUAAAUACAAAUUCAAAGGCUCAUCAAAAUCAAAUGACGGAUAUGGCCAGAGGACACAGCCAAGAAGAAAACAGUCUUCCAAACAAACAAGUGAUUUUGCAAUAAUAGCAUCCCCGGUAGAAGAUGCCGGCCUGAGUGAGUCCAUCGGAUACAACAGUCAAAGUGUCGAAAACGAUAAUUCGUAUUCAAUCACUGCCAAUCCCGAUGAAGAUCAGAUAUCCGAAUUGGAUAGCUUCCUCCCCAUUGAAGAAGAUUUCUAUUCAAGUAACUCGUCUGAUUCAGACGUCCUUUACUUUGACGAUGGAAUGAUCCCUCCCUUACUAUUACGCGUGCGCGAUAAAGUCUCUACGGCCAAAGUAGCCGAAGAUGUCCCGUACGUUACAGAGUCGUUAGCAGAAAUAGCAACAACGACAGCAACAACAACGCAAGUUCCAUAUGUUACCCCUACUGUUAUUCCAUCAACAACGAUAGCACCUACAACGACAACUACAAAGACCACGACAUCGACCGUAACACCAUCAACGAAAGCGGGCAAAAGGAAGAAGAAGAAGCGAGUUCGAACGAAGGCAUUGAAACGAGGCAAUGGAACCGGAACUAUAGUGCCUGCCAGCAAGAAAGUCCAAAGCGUUUCGGUCAUUGUGAAAGACGAAAUUGUACCGACGGCCAAUGUUACGCUGCCCAGGACGUCGCCACGAAUUCGAUUCCCACCCAGGGUACGAUUUGUUCAGAAAACGGCGGAACGCGUUACCCGACAAAAUGAAAAAGACGCCGAUUUAUUGGCCUCUGAUUCGGCUAACGAAGCGGUGGUUAGUCGUGAUUUCACGGAAAGUGAUAUGAUAGGAAAUCACGCAAUGACGAAAGAAGAUUUGAUGGAAUGGAGUUUGAACGCUAUUCCAAUCGAACGAUUAGAUCUCGUGUACGAUUCGAUCGAAUUGGAAGAUAAGCCAGAGGAAUGAGAACACAGCAGGGCGCAUUUGUUUCACUUUAGCUAACAAAAGAGAGAGAAUGAUGAGAAAAUUGCAUUUUCUUCCUGUAGCAUAACUAGUGAAAUCACCGCUUGAGAAACAAAAAGGAAAAACUGUAGCCAUUUAGGUGUAUAACUGUGUGAAUGUGUCUUUUCUCCUAUUUUUACUACUCUUCCUUUCAGGUUGAAAGCAUCGAAAGAAAGUAUAUAGACGCGUCCUAUUUUUCAAGAAAAUUGGCGUUGUAAAAAAAAAAGAAAAAAAUUCUGCUGUUUUCACUUACGCCUUUCAUCGUUUUUAUCAUCACACAUAAAAGGCGUAGGCGUAUGACUUGAGCCUAAUCGUCCAUCGAUCGUGAUUAUUCUACUCAAAUUUCAGUUCGCAUAUCACAAAAGAAAUUUUAAAAACAGAUUUUUACGUAUGUAUUGCUUGGUCCCCACGCAGAUAUUAAUACACGGUUUUUGCGCGUUCUA